AUGCAACCACAACAACAACCUCACAUGUUCCAAGGCGAUAUGGGACAACAUGGAGCCAUGCCUCCGCAAAAUAUACCUCAAGCUGGAAUGCAAUACAGAAAGAGACCUAGUGAAGUAGAGUCACUUGCAAAACAUAUAAAGAAAAAGAGACCCACAGAUAAAAACUUGUCUCCAAAAAUUGAAUCAUUUGCACCAGAAUCAAAGCUUUAUACAGAAUUAGUAGAUUUUGAGAAAAAGUUAGAUGCGACCAUUAUGCGAAAGAGGUUGGAUAUUCAAGAAGCCCUUGGAAAACCAACAAAAGUACGCCGUACGCUUCGUCUUUUUAUCUCAAAUACAACAGCACCAGCCGAUCAACAAGAACUGAAGCAAGAUAAUGCAGAAUUCGACUUGAGUAAUAAUAAUGCACCCACUUGGACACUAAAGAUUGAAGGAAAAUUACUGAGCCCUGAUAAUGAUAAUUCUUCAAAAAAUGUUGAGCCGACACCAAAGAUGACAACUUUCUUUAGAUCUCUAGCGGUUGAACUUGAUAGAGAUCCAAGUCUAUAUCCUGAAGGCAAUACGAUUGAGUGGCAAAAACAACCUAAUUCGACAACUGAAUAUGAUACUAUUGAAAUCAAAAGAAAAGGAGAUAUCAACACAAACUGCAGGAUCACUAUUAAUCUUUUCCACAAUCCACAGAAAUACAAGCUAAGCCCCUUGUUGGCAGAUCUGUUGGAUACAAAGCUAGAUACUAAGCUUCAGAUUGUCAUGGGCAUAUGGAACUAUUGCAAGGCAAAUCAAGAAGACAAGAGGGUCAUUCGUUGUGAUAAUCGUUUGGUUCAAUUAUUUGGGUAUCCCCAAAUUCACUUUUCUCAAAUUCCAGAGCUAAUAAAUCAACACUUGAGUCAGCCAGAUCCUAUAGUGAUCAACUACACUAUUCGAACGGAUAAACAGUUUCAUGCAUCUUCAAAAGCUUACGAUAUUGAAGUUGAAAUGGAUAGCGCUGCACGUCAAAAGAUGAUGAACAUUAUCUCGUCAAGCCAAGUACAAAAGGAAAUCAUGACUUACGAUGACAAAAUUGUUCAGUGUGUACAAAGCAUAAACAAUUCCAAGAUCAAACGAGACUUUUUACUGCAGUUCUCCAAGGAGCCUGUCGAAUUUAUUAACAAAUGGAUUGCUAGUCAAGCAAGAGAUUUAGAAAUCAUCUUGGGUGAAAGUAAAGCCAAUCUAGAAGAGAUAAAACAAACAGACUUUUAUAAGCAACCAUGGAUGAAAGAGGCUGUAUUUCAUUAUUUAACAACAAAGACACAACAACGUAUGCAAGAAUUGCUUACAACGCAACGUUAA